CCCAGUAAUACAAAACAAUGGUAUUAGGCGGAAGGUGGCAAUAAUACAGCUGAUACCAAGGUCUGUGUGAAUACUGGAUUCUGAUUGGCUGGCAGGUGUAGGUUAUCACUUAUAACCUCCAGCUAGAAAACAAGUUCGGUCAAAUUGCCUGAUAACUUUGAUAUCAUUGCGCUGGAUCAACUGCCAGGUGGUAACCACGGCAACGGAGAUUCAGAGAAGAAGAGCUGGCUACCGCAGGACGGGUUCACCUCCUCCACCCGGACCGGUUCUUGCGGAUCCUGCUCGGCUCUCGGUGCCGGGCGGGUCCAGGUCGGGUCUCGGUACCAGGUCCGGUCCAGUCCAGGAUGGCGGGUCGAGGACGCGGCUGCAGGAUGCUGAGCUUCAGCGUCGACUCCUUUGGGCUCAGCAGAGACUCACUGCCUCCCGCCAUGCAGCAGCCCACACCUGCCUUCCCCGUGAUGGAGCAGAAGCCCCUCCCCCUGGGGGGCGGGGAGGAGGCGGAGUAUCUGCUGGCCCUCAAGCAGGAUUUCAGAGCAGCCAUGAAGACUCUGCCCUUCUUCAUCCGGCCGGCCAAAGCCCUCAGAGAUGUGGAACGCUACUCUGAUAAAUACCACAGCAGCGAGCAGAACGACGGCUACACCUGGACUCCAGACUGGAGACGUUUCCCCAGAGAGCUGCAGGUGCGGAGACCCCCCCGACAUCCAGGUGUGUCGGUGUCUCUCAGCCGCUCAGACACAGUUCAGCCUGCUCUGGUGAAGAAGAAGAAGAAGAAGAAAGUGAAAGAGAAAGAGGAGGUCCUGCUGAAACUGGAGACGCUGGAGAAGAAGGAAGAGCAGCAGACGUCGGAGGAGGAGGGGGAGGAGAGGAAGAAGCAGGAGGAGGGGGAGGAAGAGGAGGAGUACGACGAAGAGGAGUUCGAGGAGGAGACGGACUACAUCAUGUCCUACUUUGACAACGGCGAGGAGUUCGGAGGGGACAGCGACGACAACAUGGACGAGGCUAUUUACUGAAGUGGAACCGGGACCCGGGCCGCCUCCUGGAACCGGGUCGGGGUUCUUCAGAGCCGACCCGGACCGAGAUGAUGCACUGAACUGUUGAUUGUUUUUAAUGUUUUGUACUGAUGGUUUUAUCCGGUUGCUGCUGUUGAUCCAGUAAACCGUUUCUGAUAGCCACGUGACCCGCGUGGUUCUUCUGGUGGUACCAGAACCAGCUGGUGACCCGGAACGCUCUUGGUACCAGAACCAGCUGCAGCAGACAGCUGGGAGGUGGAUUUAAUCACUCACCUGGAUGGAGCGGCUUGUUGCCACUUCCAGACGUACAUAUAUUUUCCAGAAGACGUGUAGGAGAAGAGAUUAAGAUGAAAUAACAGGAAUAUAUAUAUGUAUGU